AGGGCUUUCAAGACGUGUGGCAUUAGCAACUCGCUCGACGGCAGUGAAGACUAUCUGACCCUCCAGCACAUGCGCAACAAGCGAGAGGCUGAGGUGGAUGUUGAUGACGAGGUCGGGGCGGAUGGCUUCUCUGGAGACAACUCGGUAGGCUCUGAAGGUGGGGCUGCAGAGGAUGAGGAGGAGGAGGAGGAGGAGGAGGAGGAGGAGGAGGUGGAGGAUGAGGAGAAUGAGGAGGAUGAGGAGGAAGGGGAGGAGGAGUAGGAGUAGACUAGGAGUAGGUGUA